AUGGGUGAGGAGGAAGAUGUUCCUGAGGAGGUGUUUUAUAUGCAGAGGGCUCUAAGCUUAAGAAAGAGAUGGCGGGGAGAGGAGCCUGCUGCUGUGUCUCCUUUGUGUGCUGCUUCUUUACCUGUCUCCGUUCCUCUGUCUCUUGCUGCUGAUGGUUCUGACCCCUCAUACACCCCCCUUCUCGCCCGCAUGCACUCAGACCCCAAAGCAAGCAGCCCCACACACUCUCAACCCCCACCAGAAACACCAGCAGCAGCACCACCACCAGCAGCAGCAGCAGCAGCAGAGGGGGACGGAGAACAGAUGCAGCAGCAGCAGCAGCAGCAGCAGCAGCAGCAGCAGCAAAAUGAUAACACACAAACCCCCAAAAGGGGACGAAGGAGACACAGAGACACCCCACACGACCCCCCCCUCCAAGACAUCCGCUCAGCAGACUUCUCCCCUCAUACCCCAACCCCCACCAGCAGCAGCAGCAGCAGCAGCAGCAGCAGCAGCAGCAGCAGCAGCAGCAGCAGCAGCAGCAGCAGCAGGAGAGGGCGCGCGAUUGGCCCCCAGAACUUCUCGUCUGAAUCUGUCUAUACACCGCAUGAGGAACAGAGGCAGCGGUUGGGGGGCCCUGGGUGGGUACAGAGACGCAGAGGAGAGAUUGUGAUAGAGGAGGAGACAGAUAGCCUGCCGAGGCUGACGCAGUUCUCCCCCGUUCUGAAAGAAGUGAUGACGCGGGAGCUGCAGCAAAAGGAGACAGAUACACAAGCCCCCACAGACAAACACACACAGCCACCAGCAGCAGCAGCAGCAGCAGCUGCAGCAGCAGAAGCAGACACAGAAGCAGCAGAAGCAGCAGCAACAACUGCAGCAGCAGCAACUGACACUGCAGCAACAACUGCAGCACCAAAAGGAGACAGAGACAGCUCCGGUCCCUCUGGGGGGGGGCCCCAGCAGGCUGCUGAAUCACCUCCGAGCGCAGCAGCAGCAGCAGCAGCAGCAGCAGCAGCAGCAGCAGCAGCAGCAGCAGCAACAGAAGCAGCAGCAGCAGCAACAGGAGCAGCAGCAGCAGCAGCAGCAGAAAAAGAAAAAGGAGAUGUUUCUGUCUCAGCAUCUGCUGGGGGUUCAAACCCCUCCCCUAAAGAAGAGAAAGGGGGGGCCCCUGCUGCUGUGCCUCUGGGGGGCCCCCAACCAGGGGGGCCCCCCGAUAGUACUUAUGUUUCUUCCUCUGUCUGUGGAGACAGCAGAGAAGGAGACAGCAGCAUAAACCCUCACCAGGAGGGUACGGCGGUGACGGGGGGGCCCCCUGACACCCCUCAUACCCCUGGGGGGCCCCAUACAACCGGGGGGCCCCCACAUAACCCUGAUGGGGGGCCCCCACAGACAACAGGGGGCCCCGCAGAGACAGCUGAGGGGGGCCCCUCUAAGACAGAUGAGGGGGGCCCCCCAGAGACAACAGGGGGCCCCCCCGCGACAGCAGGGGGGCCCCCCGAGACAGCCGGGGGGGCCCCCGAGACAGCCGGGGGGCCCCCAGAGACAGCAGGGGGGCCCCCAGAGACAGCAGGGGGGCCCCCUGUUGUAUGCAGUUUGUCUGCGUUGAGUGGGGUGAUAUACAGCGGGCGGCAACACGCAAGGAGAAGGUACGAGGAAGAAGAGGAGGGUUUGGGGGCCCCCCAGUUUGUGUGUUUAGAGAAGCUGCUGGGGCACUUGUACUUUGAAGAGGGAGAAUUCUAUGAAGCUAUCAAAAGAUAUUGGAGAGCCAUCGAUAUUAACCCUAAAGACGCGCAGAUGUUCAGCUCCCUUGGGCUUGCUUACUAUGAGAUCGAAGAGCUGGAUAAAGCGGAAGCGGCAUUCGAGCACUGCAUCAAGCUGGACGAGAACAACACCACCGCGUUGAGUGUACUGGCGAUGCUGCUGCUGGAUAAAUCAGCAGAAGAAGAUGAAAAGAGGUUUAUGGAGCAACCACAUAAAUACGGGGGUUUGUCAUUUCUAGGGUUUAGGGUGAGGGGACAGCAGAAACAAAAGGAGACAAAAAAGGAGACAAAAAAGGAGACAAAAAAAAAGACAAAAAAGGAGACAGUGAAGGAGACAGUGAAGGAGACAGUGAAGGAGACAGUGAAGGAGACAGUAAAGGAGACAGAAAAGAAGAAAAAGAAAAAGAAAAAGAAAAAGAAAGAAUAA